UCCUUCAAUACCCUUUCAUUUCAUUCUAUUCCAUUUUAUUCUCACAUCACUCUCUUUCGUUUUUCUUUGCGAAUCUCAUUUUCAACCACCACCAUGAAAACACCUUAACCACGAGUACCAUCAACACCAAUUUAAAAAACAGCAAAACCCCACUUCAAAAGUCAAAAACUUUGAAAAAUUUCUUCCCAAAAUGCAAGACCCCACUUCCGCCGCCGUCGAAACCAACCACCACCAUCAACCGCCGUUACCUUCAAAACGGAACAACCGAACAAAGAGACCUGUUUUCAAAAUCCUACCGGGUCAGAUCGCGUUCCGUUUAGUUUGCCACUCGUCAACCGUCGGAGGUUUGAUCGGAAGUUCAGGUUCAAUCGUUUCUCAGCUCCGGCGAGAAACAGGAUGCAAAAUCCACUGCGAGGAUUCGGUCGCCGGCACCGAUGAUAGGGUUAUUUUGGUAAUUGGUACGAUAUCGCCGCUAAAGGGUAUUGCAUUGGGUGAUGGAGAAGUUGAGGUUUCUAAUGCACAAGAAGGUGUUGUUAGGGUUUUUGAGAGGGUUUGGGAACUUGAAGGUGAGAAAGGUGUUAAUAACAGUAAUAGAGAAGUUUUUGGUAAAUUGUUAGCGCAUACUUCACAGAUUGGUGCUGUUGUUGGGAAAGGAGGGAAGAAUAUAAGCAACAUUAGGAAUAAUAGUGGUACCAAAAUUAGGGUUUGUCCUUCUCCACAUUGUGCUUCUAAAGAUGAGGAGUUAGUUCUUAUAAGCGGUGAAAGUUUGGCUGUAAAGAAAGCACUGAUUCUUGUAUCUCAUUGUCUUCAAGAUUGUCCGCCGCUGGGAAAAGUAUCUUUGAACACACCGCCAACUGUUAGCUCUUCUGAUAGGUCAACCUCUAACCUACACGAGGAUCUUUUUCCUCACCUUAAUUCGUGGUUACCUUCGAUGGAAGGUUUAUCUAUAAACGAUGCUUCAAAAUUGACAAAGAAUUAUAACAUAAACCCUAGCCUUGACUCAAAAGGUACCGGACACGAAGUUGUUUUCAGACUCCUUUGCUCUAACAAUAUAGCUGGUAGUGUGAUUGGCAAAAGAGGGGCUAUAGUUAGAACUUUAGAAAGCCAAACAGGUGCUUCUAUUAUCUUUGCAGCUCCAUUAAGUGAGUUUGAAGAGCGCAUCGUCACCAUUUCCGCUUUUGAGAAUCUUGAAUCUAGUAAUUCUCCUGCACAAGAUGCUGUUAUUCUUGUCUUUGCUAGAAUUGUUGAAGAUCACAUUCGAAAUGGAUUUCACCCAGCCUCUAGUGUGGAAUCACCUGUAACUGCAAGGCUUUUAGUUGCAUCAAGCACAGCAAGUUUCUUGACUGGUCAUGAAGGUCAGGUGGUUUCAGAAUUGAAAGAAGUGAGUGGUGCAGAUAUACAAAUACUGCACGGAGAGCCAGUUCCAAAUGGGGCUUCAGAUAAUGAUGUGGUGGUCCAGAUAACUGGUGGGUACCGAUAUGUAGAAAACGCUCUACGUAAAAUCACUAGUAGAAUCAGGGAUAAUCCUUUGCCUAAUGAGGGGCAUGCUGAAGCAAGAAAGAAAUCCAGUUUUCAAGUAAAUAAGGAUACUGUGAAGAGUAAGAUCUUUACACACAGAAAAUCUGGUUUUCCUCCUGGGAGGUUUCCACCACAGAAUGCAGGGGUGCAUGCUAAAACGAUCAGAGAAAAUGUGGAAUUAAAUACAAAUUUAAUUGAGAAUUUGGAACCUGGCAGAGGAAAUGUACUUGCCACUGUGACAAAUACUACUGUGGAGAUUAUAGUUUCUGAACAUGUCUUUGGUUCUGUUUAUGGUGAAGAUGGCGGCAAUUUAGAUCGAAUCAGACAGAUAUCAGGUGCAAAUGUUAGUGUUUAUGAUCCUUGUGUUGGUACAAGUGGAGGGAAGGUAGUGAUAUCUGGGACACCUGAUCAAACAUUUGCAGCUCAGAGCUUGCUUCAAGCUUUCAUUCAAACUGGACAUGCAAGCUGAUGAUGAAUCACAUGACAAUUUCAUUUCAUUUCAUUUUUUAGUUCUUCCUUCAAUACAGGAGGAGGAGGUGCCAUUAGUGGUUUGGUUGGUGUACAUAGAUAUAUCACAUCACACAACUUCACUACUCACCUUCACAUUGUGAAUAGUCAUAUUUACUGUUUGUUAUAGACUCACUCUUUCACAUCAAAAUUAUAUGAUGGUUACCUCCUGUAGAGAUUGAUAACAAGACACAUUUUGUUUGUUUCUCUUAAAAGGGCUGGAUUGGAUGUGGGAGCUAUUAUUUUCUCCAAGAUCCAUUUAUACAACUUCAUCCUCUUCCUUUGCUUUCUUUA